GCAAAAAUGUCGUCACAACAAUGUGAAAAAAAGACGGGAAAGAAAUUCCAAGCCCCCCAGCUUCGGACAAGACGUAAAACCGAGAGCCUAUAUUGGAAGUGGCUGCAGCAGCAGCUGUUGAUGAAGUAUAGUUCACGCCCUAUCAUCUCUGUUGUUUAGAUGGACCCGUUGUAUUAAAAUGAAGGGCUGCAGUGACGUUUACAGGUACAGCUUCGAAGGUAUUGUUGCAGCUGAACCAGGAGUAGCUUUAUUUGGGAUGAUCCAGAGGACUGAACUGACAUAUGUAAAGGCAUAUUUGGGCACAGUCAGUAUUCAUUAUUGGACAGCUAACAGAAGACUCAAACCUGUUCAGGAACAAUGACAGUGGAGACGAGAGCAGAGGGGUUUUCUGAUCCUCCUUCAAAGAAAGAACUGCCUCUUCUUGAAGAUCCGGCAGAAGCAAAAACAAGAAAAUGCUGCACUCCCAAUAUAAAGAUGUUUUUGGUAGCUCUAUCGUUUACAUACUUUUGCAAAACAUUAUCUGGAAGUUACAUGAAAAGCUCCAUUACCCAGAUAGAGAGGAGAUUUGAAAUUCCCAGUUCUGUUAUCGGGGUUAUUGAUGGCAGCUUUGAAAUGGGUAAUUUGCUGGUGUUACCAUUGGUAAGCUACUUUGGAGCAAAGUUUCACAGACCAAAAAUAAUCGGUGCUGGAUGCAUGCUGAUGUCUAUUGGAACAUUACUCACAGCACUACCUCAUUUCCUUAUGGGACGCUAUAACUACGAAUCAACAAUAUCAGCUUCAACUAACUCCAGCACAGUGAGCUUCCCGUGUUCACAAGACCCAGGCCAGCUUACAGAGCUUGAGGCCCAGCAACAAUCUUCCAGAAUAGCGGCUUGUGAACAUGAUGGAGGCUCCCUGAUGUGGGUUGCUGUGCUGCUGGGAAACAUGUUACGAGGGGUUGGUGAAGCAACCAUUCCACCGCUGGGAAUUUCAUUCAUUGAUGAUUUCGCCAGCCCAGAAAACUCAGCCUUUUACAUUGGGUGCCUCCAUACCAUUGCAGUGAUUGGACCUCUUUUUGGGUUCACGCUGGGUGCAUUUUGUGCAAGGCUGUAUGUAGACAUCGGGUUUGUUGAUCUUGGAAGUAUUACCAUAUCAAUGAAGGAUUCCCGGUGGGUCGGUGCUUGGUGGCUUGGCUUUAUAAUCGCUGGAGGAACUAGCUUGGUUUCUGCAUUUCCGUUCUUUUUUCUGCCCAAAACUCUGCCCAAAGAAGGGGGUCCGGAAAAAGAUUCCACCGCUGCAGCAGAACAAAAUCUGUUACAAGGAAACCAGCAAACAAACGCAACAGACGAGCAGCCCAAAAUCAUAGACGUUGCAAAGGGUUUUUUCCCAGCUUUGAAGCGUCUGCUCACAAACAAGAUCUACGUAUUCUAUCUAAUUGCAAACAUUAUAAUGUUCAAUGCCUUCAUCAUUUUGAUAACAUAUACGCCAAAAUAUCUUGAACAACAGUUUGGAGAAUCCACAUCCAAAGCAAACUUUUUAAUAGGUGUUACCAGCAUGCCGGCUGUUUCCUUGGGGAUUUUCUUUAGCGGUAUUAUCAUGAAGAAGUUUAAGCUAGAUCUCCUGGGAGCUGCCAAGGUAGCCCUGGGUACAGCCAUCCUUGGCUGUCUCUGUACCUUCCCUUUAUUUGCAUUAACCUGUGACAAUGCUGAGAUCGCUGGACUCACAGUUUCCUAUGGAGGAACAGGGAUUUCAGACUUGGAGAGCAGCGUGUCGGUGGCCUGUAACUCUGGCUGUGGUUGCCCAGUGAACCAGUGGGAGCCAGUGUGCGGAGAGAAUGGAAUGACGUAUGUUUCCCCUUGCUUCGCUGGCUGUAACAUAUCCAGAGGAAGUGGAAAAAACACGACAUUUCAUGACUGCAGAUGUAUUGAAGCUUUUCCCGAGUCAGGAUCUGGGAAUUUCUCGGCAGUUCUGGGCCAGUGCCCCAGAGAGGAGAAGUGUUCCAGAAUGUUCAUAUAUUACUUGGCGUUCCAGUCCUUGAGCUUCUUCGUGUUCUCUCUGGGAAGCACUCCGCUGUACAUUAUAAACCUCAGGUGUGUUGAGCCAGACCUAAAAUCACUGUCGGUGGGCAUCUUCACAAUGGCACUCAGAGUGCUGGGUGGGAUCCCAGCUCCAAUUUAUUUUGGAGCCCUGAUUGACUCAACAUGCAUAAAAUGGGGGACCAAGAAGUGUGGGGGUCGUGGAGCAUGCAGGAUGUACGACAACAUCUCAUUCAGGCUCCUCUUCCUUGGAUUAAUAUUGGGCCUGCGCUUGAUGGGUUACGUCUUUUUUGGGUUUGUCAUCGUUCAGGUAAAAAAGAAAUUCACAAGAGACCACAGAAAAGCUUCCGCUGAAGGUGAAGUCUUUUUGAAGCAGGAAAUGAAAAACAACGUCCUUCCUGAGCAGAAACCUGCUGGUCUGAGUGAGAAGGAAGUGGAAUCCAGUGCCUAAACAACCUGAACUGCAGCAGCGUGUUUCAUUUAAAUGUGCAUAAGAGGGGCUCUGGGUGGAAAAUGUUGAGAAACACUGAUGUAAUACGUUAUGAAAACAGUCAAAGUAAUCAACAGAUGUACUGCAAGCAGUUGCUGUCUCAUGGGUUUCUAAUGUUAUCACGCGACACUUUGAAACCCCCUGCUUUCAAAGCAUUCUAAGUGACAGCUCCACUUUCAGCCCCAAGAGGCUGAAAGGCUUAUUUUAUACAUCUUCAAUUUGGAAAUAUAUUUCAUUUCUUAUGUAUCCUAUGUAUGUUUUGCGUAAUUCUUAUUUACUUAAGCACAUUUCUGUUUCUGCUUAAAUCCUUCUUUACCAGGCUUAGUAACUGAUGUCCUUUUUUCAACUACAAGAAUCUUCUGAAAAGACUCCUAAAUGAUACAAAGUGAGUUAGUCUUAGAAAUUACCGAUAGGGGUGUGCAACUAAUUUCUGCCCCAUCUGAAAUUGUGGCAACUGUGAGUUAAUGAAUAACAGUGGUCAUUUAUUUCAAAGCCCCUACACUUAAGAAAUACAGUUUAGGAGUCUUUUCAGAAGUAUGCAGAAGUGUGCAAUUUUUUAAUAAUUCUCUGCUGUGUUCUUGCACUCAUUUUAUACAACUUUUAAAAUGUGUGUAAUAUUUCACCCGAUGGUGGCAUAUCAGUGGCUGUUUUCUGUCUCUUAAUGUGGUUGCGUCUGUUCAUUUAAAUCACAGAAAGUAGUUAAAACAUGUUCUGGUUUCUUUAUGUAAUAAUAGGACAUACAAUUAUAAAAAGACACUUCAGAUGAACCUGUUCUCAUUGAUGGUGAUGUUUUGUACUGAUGAGUGAAUGAGGCUCCCUCAUAUUUGGUGGCUUAUCAUUUGGGUCACACUUUACAUUGUGCCUCUAAUAAAUGUAUUUACAUAGUAGUUACUUAUUAAAUACAUGUGUACUUACACAUCAUUACAAUGUUAUUAUGCACAGUUACAAUGUACUUAAUGUGUAAAUCUGUUUGCAUGAUAUUAUGUAAGUACACAUUUUUUACCACAAGGGGCACACAUUCAAGGAAAUACACAGAAGCUGAGAGAGACUAAUUAAUCACAGUGUUUUUUGUCGAUUCAAUAAUUGUAAUUCAUUUUGUAAAAAUAAAAAAUGAAAUUUAAAGUUAA